GUUUUACACUCUAAUCUUUGAAAAAAUAAAAUGGAUUGCAGAAACAAAGAUUUCAAAAACCUUUGAAGUUUUAGUUUGUUUUAUUUUAAAUUGGAGCUCUUGCUUGUUGACAUUGGCAACCAGCUUCGACAACAUCUUGUCACGAUACACUCGUGGUAAAAUGUCAGUGGAACGACCAAAAUAUUUCACACCGAACGAAGUGUCAGUUCACAAUACUUCUGAUGAUCUUUGGGUGUCCUUUCUGGGAAAAGUAUACGAUCUAACACCACUGUGUGAAAAAUACAAAGGUGAUGUGCUGCUAAAACCCAUUCUUGCAGCAGCUGGAAAAGACAUCUCACAUUGGUUUAAUCCUAAGACCAAGGAGAUUCGAACACACGUUGACCCUCAGACAGGUGGCAUCAUCCCUUACUGCCCAAAUGGCAGAUUUAUUCAUAUUCCUCCUCCAUAUCCCGAUUCUAACUGGACAAACGAUUUUGGACGUCCAUGGUGGAAGGAUGAUAGUUACCUCGUUGGUAUCUUGUCUGGAAAGACGCGGUUCAUCAAAAUCAUCAACACCUUGACUUCACAGGAACAGGUUAUAGAGGUUUGUUCUGAGGAGAUCAUGACAGAGAUCUUGGACCGCUACCUCAAAUAUAAUUAUCAUGCUGCCAGCUACACUUGGAAAUAUGACUGUCGCAACCUGGAUAUGACCAAGACACUGGAGGAGAACGAUAUUCCUGAUGAAGAUGAACAGUUUUAUGAGCUGAGCAUGAAUGACGAUUCCUACCUUCAAACCAUCCAUCUCUAUUUCAAUGAUGAUCUUACAGAAGCUUAAGAAAUUAUUUUGUGCUAUGCAUUGGUUAUCCUGGCUCUUAAAUGGUUGCAUCUCCACAUCAACCUCCAUGUAAAGCAUCAACAAUUCAUGCACACCUACUGUCACACACUUCUUUAUUUAGAUCACUAUUCUUAUUUUUUGUUUUCUUCCAGUACGCCCUAUACAUCCUUGUCAAAUAAUUCACAUUUUUAAGGUCUGGAGGUUCCUCUUGAGAACAGUGAAGAGGAAAUGCCUAUAGACAUGUUACCAAGAUAGACUUAUACUUUGUGCAGGUCCAGAGAACAUGAUAAUGCCAUUCUUAAAAGAACUCAAGAAGUGUUUGCUUUUCAUAUUUUAGCACAAAUUUGGCAGACAUUACAUAGUCACAGACAGUGUGAAAUUCUUGGGUUUGUGGAAGCUUGCACAUCAUCUAUAUGGUAUAAGUUACCUUUAAAAUCAUUAAAUGUCAGUUGUAUGACACA